ACCGCCUCUGUAGGCUGUAGCUAGCUAUCUCUCUGUAUAUCUCCAUUAUUAAUAUCCUUUUCCGUAUCCCUACGUUUCUACAAUACGAUUACGAUAGCAUACCACUCCAUCUACUUGCAUCCACUAGAUUUAUUCUUCACAGCUCUCUCUCUCUUCGCUCUAUAUUUCUCUGUGGGUCAUCUCCAACCUUUUGUCGGUGUUAUCAGAUCUUGCAGAACGCAAACUCUGUGGCUCUCUCACUGGUGCCUUUUCUUCUUUUUUCUUCUUGUUGUCCUUCAACACCAAGUUAAAUAGCAAUUGGGAGUUAUUUAAUUUGUGGGUGUUGUAUCUAUAUUGGAAAAUGUUAAAGCUUUGUGUGUUGGAUGCUUUAUGGUGGUAGUUGGUGGGCUGCCUAAUUGCUUUUGUUCAGCGCGUGAGGUUUUGGAAUUGGAAUCGGAAUUCGAGGAGUGCAUGAAGGAUUUGGUUGUGUGGGUUCUAUGCUGGGUGAAGUUGGGAUUGAGAAUAAGGUGGGAUUGUGGGCUUGUGAUAAGGAGCAGAGGAAGGUGGGGCAAAUGUGGCUGAGUCUUUGUGGAAUUUGAGACCUGGGUUUUUUCUGUUUGUGCUUGAUCUCAGCUGGAUAAGAGUUUUUUAGCUCAGUUUUUCGAGAUUUUGAGUUCUGGGUUUGACACAAAAAUGCAGCAGGAUCACUUGAAGAAGAAUCAAACUGAGAUGGACUUCUUCUCUGAUUAUGGUGAUGCCAAUCGAUACAAAAUUCAGGAAGUUAUUGGAAAAGGAAGCUAUGGUGUUGUUUGCUCAGCAAUAGACACACAUACGGGUGAAAAAGUGGCAAUAAAAAAAAUACAUGACAUUUUUGAGCAUAUAUCUGAUGCCGCUCGUAUUCUUCGUGAGAUAAAGCUUCUCAGACUACUACGACAUCCCGACAUUGUUGAAAUUAAACACAUUAUGCUACCGCCUUCUAGAAGAGACUUUAAAGAUAUCUAUGUUGUUUUUGAGCUCAUGGAGUCAGAUCUUCAUCAAGUUAUCAAAGCCAAUGAUGACCUGACACGUGAGCACUAUCAGUUCUUUCUUUACCAGCUGCUUCGUGCAUUGAAGUAUAUUCACACCGCAAAUGUCUACCAUCGAGAUUUAAAACCGAAGAACAUAUUGGCAAAUGCAAAUUGUAAACUAAAAAUCUGUGAUUUUGGGUUAGCAAGAGUUGCAUUCAAUGAUACACCCACGACAAUAUUUUGGACGGACUAUGUUGCAACUAGAUGGUAUAGAGCUCCAGAACUUUGCGGAUCCUUUUUCUCUAAGUAUACACCUGCGAUUGAUAUAUGGAGUAUAGGCUGCAUCUUCGCUGAGGUAUUAACAGGGAAGCCACUUUUUCCUGGAAAGAAUGUUGUUCACCAGCUGGAUUUGAUGACUGAUCUGCUUGGGACACCAUCAUUAGAUACCAUAUCUCGGGUUCGAAAUGAAAAGGCAAGGAGAUACUUAACUAGUAUGAGGAAAAAGCAACCUGUGUCAUUAGCACAAAAAUUUCUGAAUGCUGAUCCUUUAGCACUACGACUUUUGGAAAGAUUGCUUGCCUUCGAUCCAAAGGACCGACCAACUGCCGAAGAGGCACUUGCUGAUCCUUACUUUAAAGGAUUGUCAAGAAUUGAGAGAGAACCUUCGUGCCAGCCAAUUACAAAGAUGGAGUUUGAAUUUGAAAGGCGAAGGGUCACAAAGGAGGACAUACGGGAGCUAAUUUUUCGGGAGAUAUUGGAGUACCAUCCUCAAUUGCUAAAAGACUACAUAAACGGAACUGAGAGAACUAAUUUCCUCUAUCCAAGUGCUGUUGAUCAAUUCAGAAAGCAGUUUGCACAUCUUGAGGAAAAUGGUGGUAAAAGUGGUCCGGUUAUUCCACUUGAACGAAAGCAUGUGUCUCUUCCGAGGUCCACGAUUGUACAUUCAAAUACGGUCCCUCCCAAAGAGCAACAAAAUUAUGCAUUCUUGAAAGAUCAGAAAAAUGCUGAAGAGGCAUACAAGAAUUCAAGGGACAAUGAAGGAAUUCAUGUAAAUCUAUCAAGAACCAUGCAAACACCACAAAGAAUUUCUUUGGCCAAACCAGGAAGAGUUGUUGGACCUGUUGCACAAUAUGAGAAUGGAAACAUGAUGAAAGAUACCUAUGAUCGAAGGACACUAGUUAGAAGUUCAGUACUUCCUCCUCAGGCUGUCCCUCAUGCUUAUUGUUAUCGCAAACCCGGUGCUGGAAAUCAAGAAAGGUCUGUAGUGGAAGUCGAGAGGGACAUGUCUUCACAAGCCAAGCAAGCUGCACAGUGUGGCAUGGCAGCGAAUGUAGCACCGGAUGUAGCUAUUAGCAUCGACUCCAACCCAUUUUUUAUGACUCGGGUGGGAGUCAGUAAGGUGGAACAUGAUGACAGAAUUGCUGUUGACACAAACUACUUGCAGACGAAGGCCCCAUAUGGUGGGAUUGGCGCUGCGGCUGCCACUGCGGCAGCCCACCGCAAGGUUGGAACUGUUCAAUUCGGCAUGCAAAGGAUGUAUUAGGUGAGCAUUCAACGAGUUGGGUCAUGGUAAUGAUGCAUAAUGAAGUAGUUUAUACAGAGGCAGAGGAGGAAGAUGGAGCACAGUUCAUGCAUGGCAGGAAGGGCUCCAUCGAGGGGAGGAUGGAUAUAAGCACUCCAAGGUGGUUGUGAUGAAUUGAGGCAGUCGGUGCUUUCCUUUAAAGAGCCCGCUUUCUGGGGUUAUGUUAGAUACGAGUACAUUUAUCUUGCUUCAAGAAACUAUAUGUAAGCAAAAUUAUACAAUCAAAUUCAAAAAACGAAACUCUCGGUCCCUUACCUGCGUGUGGAGUUCAUAUGAACAUUAAACAUAACUUGAAUGCAAAGCACGGUUUACCGCUGAUUGCAACAA